GCCACAAUGACGUCACAUUACGCAGGAAUCCAAUGGAAAGAAGAUCUGCGUUAUUUAGGUGUGCCUCUCUCACAGUAUAGAAAUAGCAACGCUCAUUGGUCGGGAGAAGUUGGCAAAAUUCAACGUAAAGUGAAUUCAUGGCGGGGGCGGAAUUUGUCAGUGUUCUUUCGUGCUGAAGUGUGUAACGUUUUCUUAGCUUCCUGUCUUAUGUAUGUGCUCCAAGUACUGCAUUGCUCAAGACUUCGCCUUCAGGCACUGCAUCGCGUAUUUGCAACAUAUAUUUGGAGUUCGAAUUGUGAAUGGAUGCGGCGCGACAAUCUGUUUCUCCCCCUUGAACGUGGUGGUCUGGGAUUAGUACACCUCUUCGUCAGGCAAAUUGUUUCUCGCCUGUUUUUCUUUCGAGACAGUGACCAUCCGUUCUUGCGUGAAAUGUUGCAACUGCGUUUAGUUCAUUAUGUUCCUAACAUAGUAGUGUCAUCAAAUGUCAAAGAUGUCCCACAGGCUCCUUGGGGCUUUCUCAAGGAGGUUGUUGAUACAUUUCUUUUCUUGAAAGUUAGAUUCAGCCUGGAGUACGUGUUCACAGCGAGUCGAAAAGCAAUUUCUGCGGCACUGGUUGACUCUAUUUUCCCAGAUCCUUUGUAUCGUGCACCUUAUUUAAAUCGACCUUAUCAGGAUGUACUUAAACGCGUCCGAAAAAUGUGUGUGCCUCCUGGAGUUAAAACAUUUUUCUUUAAAUUACAUUCGGAAACACUCCCUGUUAAAACUUGGUUGAAUUCGAGGGGUUGCUUUGUGCCAUGGUCAACAAACUGUCGGCUCUGUCCACGUGCCGAAACCAUAGAUCACUGUUUCAUAGACUGUAAGGAUGCUGUAUUUUUUGGGGACAUUCUCCAACGGACACUUAAAAAGGUCAUUGACAUAACUCCAUACUCAAUUAGGCUUCUACCGUUUAACGUUACAGGUGGUCCUCCCUAUGACAUGUUCAUUGUACUUGGUUUAUAUAGCCUGUGGAGAAGUAGACUCUGCGAUCGCCAUGCCGAAAGCCCGCGAACUACAAAAUCCUUUUUUCGCGAAAGUGCUGCGUAUGUAAGAAGUGUGUACGCUGUGCAGGAACCUCCGCCAGACUGGAUGCACUUGUUGGAUGCAUGUGUGUGUUUGCCUGAGUUUUAAGUGUGUAGUUGUGUCCACUUUGUA